GAUGGAAAAGUCUACAAGUAUUUAUCUAUGUGACAUUGAUCAUAAUCAGAUCAAUCAUCAAUGGGAAACAGAAGCUGUUCUUCUACCUGCAAGUCAGGUGAUGCAGGCAAAAUCAAGGUGUUGCAUGCCAAUGGAAGCAUUAUCCUUGUGAAAGGCCCCAUCAAAGCAGGAGAGCUGCUUGAGCAGCAUCCUGGAUAUUGGAUCUGCCACUCUGAGGCAUUUUAUAUAGGAAAACCCAUUGCUGGACUGCCUUCUAAUGAGGACUUGAAAGUAGGCCAUACAUAUUUUCUCCUUCCAAGGAGAAGCUUUCAGUCUGCACUUACAGUCUCCACAGUUGCUUCAUUUAUCUCAAAGGUGGUAGCAACAUCUGCAACACAAAAUGCUACUGCUAAGGGCCCAAGGAGCAAUGCAAAUAUGCAGGCCAAGCCCUUUAAGAUUCAGAAAAAGGGUGAUUCUCUGCAAGUCAAGAUCUCAGCUAACUUUCUUGCAGAUCUUGUAAUGGAAAAUGGCUUGUCUUUCAGAGAGCAUUCAUAUGGUAGUGAUUCUAAAAGGCCUUUGUGUGACAGUUAUCAGCUGAUGGAGGAUUAUGCAAAGUUGGUGAGGCCAAGAAGCAGGCCUUGGAAGCCCAAGCUGAGUACCAUCAAAGAGACUGAUCAUGGUAAGCCAGCCUUUCUGCUAAGAUUGUUCAGUCACAGUGUCAGAGGUAACUUUGUCUAUGGGGUUUGAUAUACACAACACUGAAGAAGAUGUUGCAAAGUUGUGUUUUUUUCUACUUACUAAAAUUUGGGUGCCCUUUAGAGCCUCAUAUUGUAAGCUUGGAUCACACUCUUAAGAUUUGUAAUAUUGUCCAGACUCUAAAGUUCUUAUAGCUCAACCUGGCCAUAGUUCUGUUGGAGUUAUAAGAAGCUCUUGUGGACAGUCUUUGUUGUAAUUGAAAGAUUUGUACAUAUGGGUGUAGUGUCGUAAAUUGUAUGUUCAUACAAUUUCAUGUUCAUUUGAUUCCUAGUUUGCAUGUUUAAACUGAUAAACCUCAUUCCACUACUUUACAAUAAAUUAGCUUGAAUGUACCCAGUGAUCCUUAUACCAUCAUCUCACCAUAGGUUUGGUGGAGUGGUGGAAACCCUUGGACAUAGUCAUACAUACUCAAUAUACUGGUAGUAAUAUCUUUUCUGAAUA